UACAGAACCGUCACAGAGGUUGAUUACUUAUUUCCCCCAAUAAAUAAUUUCUUACCAAAUCGUGACCUUUUUAUCUAGUGUCACUGAGGAUAGCUUAUUUUGUUUAUAGUGAUUUCAGAAGCAGGCUGUGAACAUGCAUACUACUUUGCUGAAGAGAACUGUUAUUCGUUUAGGAAACAGGAGUUUUUCUAACGAAUCUAAGGCGGAAGUAACUGCUCUUUAUGAUUUUCACUUGAAGAAUGGCGGGAAAAUGGUUAAUUUUGGAGGUUUCCUACUUCCUCUUCUAUACGAUUUGAGUAUUGUUAAUUCCCACUUAUUCACAAGAAAAAGUGCAUCACUUUUUGAUGUUUCUCAUAUGUUACAAACGGAAAUCAGAGGCACUAAAUGCAUAGAUUAUUUUGAAUCAAUAUGUACGGCAGAUAUUCAAGGAUUGAAAAAUAAUUCAGCCAGUCUCACAGUAUUUACCAAUGAAAACGGGGGAAUUUUAGAUGAUCUUAUUGUAUCCAAAAUUUCAGACGAUCAUUUAUUCGUGGUAUCAAAUGCUGCUCGAAAAGAAGAUGAUCAAAGACAUAUGUUGAGAGCAUGGGAAAACUUCAAGAAGAGUCAUCCAUCUGCAGACAUACACAUUAAAUUUUUCAAUCCUCACGAACGAAGCUUACUUGCUCUUCAGGGUCCUAAGGCAGCCGGGGUUCUGAAAGACAUCACAGACGUUGACCUUUCACAAUUAUAUUUUAUGAAUACAGUUACUGGUGUUAUUGCAGACGUCAAAGAUUGUAGAGUCACUAGAUGUGGAUACACUGGCGAGGACGGAUUUGAAAUUUCAAUUCCUGCAUCAGACACACUUAAAGUAGCAGAAACGUUGUUGCAAAAUGAAAAUAUAAAACUUGCAGGACUAGGAGCAAGAGAUUCUUUAAGAUUGGAAGCUGGGCUUUGUCUGUAUGGUAAUGACAUCAAAAGUUCAACAACUCCUGUAGAAGGGGCUUUAACCUGGUUGGUUGCUAAAAGAAGGAGGGAAUUGGGGAAUUUUCCUGGAGCAGAAGUCAUCCUUAAACAAAUCAAAGAAGGAUCAUCGGUUAAAAGGAUAGGUUUGACUUACCAGACAGGUCCACCAGCAAGACAAGGUGCUCGAAUUUUAUCUGAAAAUGGCCUGGAAUUGGGUGAAGUUACUUCAGGGUGUCCCUCACCCAGCCUCGGUAAAAAUAUAGCAAUGGGUUAUGUUCCAUCUGAUAACAGCAAAGUCGGCACUAAAGUUCAUUUGAAAAUAAGAAAUAAACUUUAUGAAGCCGUUAUAAGUAAAAUGCCCUUUGUGAAAGCAAAUUAUUUCAAUAAACCCAAAUAAAUUUUCGUUCAUAAUCAUUUAUUAAAUUGAAUAAAGCGUCUACAAUAAUAUA